UUUAGCUCAGAUCUGCUGAAACUGUUGGAGAAGAAGGAAUACCUUGAUUUAACCGCAGAAAAGUUGGUUUCUGUUUAAAAGUUUGUUCAUUACUAGUGAUUUAAAGGUCGUGCACAUGUCUUGUCUGUGUUGGUGUUGUGAUUUAGAAAGAAAUAGGGGACAUAUAGCGAUGGAAGUGGACUUAAAGAUUGGUAUAUAGCUUAGGACGUGUACAUGGGAUCAAGUCUUGGAUAACAGCACAUAACUAUAAAUAUAAUCGAAAGAUAUCAACAAGCCGGCGGCACGAAAGAUCUGCUGAUGACCAUAAACGGUACAGUUAUAUAAGGUUUGCUUAAACGGAACAUAAAUCAUUAAGUGAAAAACUGUAAACAUACAUCGCUCGACUAAAAAUACUUUAUAAAUCGCAACAUAGAACGGCGAACAUGACGUCAUCAACUACGGAAGUGUCGAAAAAGCUGACUCCCACGAACGGCCUGCUACAGUACCGGCCGCGCGUGUACAUAUCCCGUCAGCUCCCACAGCGGGCCCUGGACCUGCUCCUCGGGCGGUGUAACGUGAGCUUCUGGGACUCACCCGACCCCGCUCCCCGCACGGAACUGCUCGUCAACGUGCCCGGAUGUGACGUGCUCGUGUGUAUGCCAUCCGAUAAGAUUGACCGAGAGGUGCUAAAUGCCGCUGGCAAGACUCUUAAGAUCGUGGCCACGAUGUCCGGUGACCUUGCUCACAUUGAGACUGCCGAAUGCAGCCGUCGGAACAUCCGGGUGAUCCCGCUGGCGGCCGCGCCGAUUGUAGAGGCCAUCACGCAGAUGGUGGUCGCGCUCUUCCGGUUAGCCGCUUCCAGAUGGAUCGGAAAAACCUCGUGCAAUAUGAACACAGUUCUUCAAGCCAAAGACAUCAUCCAAGCAUUAAAGGCCGACCAUAUCUUCUGUCUCGAGCUGAGCAACCGCACCGUCGGCAUAUUUGGCCUUGGAUCCGUCGGUCUGUCCGUCGGCAAAGCCUUCAAGGAACUCGGUAUGACCAAAAUCCUGUAUACCGACGUCGAGCCGAACGCCGAUGACGUCACUAUUAAUGCAGAGUUUGUGUCACGUGACGAACUCUUAACGAGGAGUGACGUCAUAUGUGUGUGUUGGAACAUGAAAGUGGACGGCAAAUCCAUAAUGUCUUUUGAAAGAGACUCUUUUAAGCGAAUGAAGUCGUCAGCAAUCUUACUUGACGCCACAAAGCGCUUUUCUGCCGAUUUCACCGACAUGUACGAAGCGUUACGUAACGGCGAGAUAGCGGCAGCGGGUCUUGACGUCAGAGAAUAUGACAUCAUUCCUAACAGGCAUCCGCUUGACGGCCUUGACAACUGCUUCUUUUUGCCGUACAGGGAGUGCUAUAAAUGGGACGGGCGCCGGAAGUUGGCGACGGACCUGGUGCGCUCCAUUUUGAUCUCGCUACAGGAACUCGAAUUUGAACGGAAGCAAAAGAGCAGUAUCGUCAGUAAGCCGGAGCGCAUCGACCAUCUGCUUCUUGAACCGGUGGCCACGUAAACUGUGGUGGGAAGUCCGAAAAUUAGGGGAAACUCCACCAACGUGUACGAACUGUAUAAAUGGACUUUAAAAUGGUUAAAAUAAAAAGUCAAACGAUAAUUUAUAACACGGGAAGGUCAAAUCAUCUAUCUGGGACUUAUUUCGAUUUCCAGAAAAAGUUUUAGUGCUCCAAAAACCUGUUUUGGUGAAAUCGGAAACAGAUGUUUGAAUUGUAUUUUUAUUUGUUUUUAAUGUGCAAAGUGUUUGUGAAGUAGAACUGCUUUAAAGAUGAUAUAUACCACGCAAGCGCAAACUUGUUUUAUCAUCCUUGCUUUUAGAUCUGUAUAUAUAUAUAUCUGACGACUGAUGAUGUAUUUAUAGUCGAGUGAUAACUUAGUAGAAGUACAUCUUCGUUACACACCCCCAGUCAUGCCUUUAAAUAUAUAUCGUUUUAUAUACCGCCUGCGAUUACUUUAAAAGUUUAAGUACAGUAUAUGGGCUGGUUGUUCAGAAGUUUCUAAUUUAACAACGUUGCUAAAAUCUUCGUUGUUUUUUAUUUCUCUAAAAUAUUUAUAUGCACAUUUGUGAUCUACAGCAUUUCUAACAGUGUUCGAGAAAACAUCUUCAGCUGUACGUGUUUUAUUUAAAUGUAUGAACAAAUGAUAAAACAGUUCACCUGUUAAAGUUAACAACUAUUCUGCUAACAACGUUGUUAACUUAUUUCUGAACAAGCGAUCCUGUAUAUUCAUAUAUAUGCUAGGGCCUAAAAAAAAAUACAUUUGGUUCGGGUUACCCGACCCUACCUACGGAAUAGGCGCCGACCCUACCGUUUUUAUUGUCAGUUUGAAAAAAAAAUCAAAAACUAAAAAAAAAAAAAAAUAAUUUUUUAAUUGCUUUUCAAUAUGUAAUUUAAACCUUAAAUGCUUCUACAGAAUAUAACUUUAACACCAUUCUCCAAUGACGAAAAUGAUAUUCUUAUAUAAAGCCUAAUAAAAAAAAAAUAAAAAAUAAAAAAUGCCUACCUACCCUACCUAUUUUUGAAAAGGAUGUAACCCUAACCAAACAAUUUUUUUUUUUAGGCCUAGUAAUAAAAUGAAGCUUUUUUGUAAGCCUAUAUAGGGCAUGAACGUUUAAUGACGUUUUGUGACUUCAAAUCUGUUUCCAUGGUGAUAAAUUGAAGUGUAGUGUGAUAUUUGCUGAUGUUGAUAUUGUUCAAUGAUUAUAAACAGGUUAUGUUAAGUGUGCUUAAAGUAAUAGUUGACUGGUUUACAGAUUAAAUCUGAGAAAGCUGUUAACUUAAAAAAAAUAUAAGUGGGCGAUGUCCAAACCUUUAUUUUUCAGGCAAUGAUCUGAGAUGUGUGCUUUUGAAGGGUCAGAAAUGAUAAGUAGGCGAUGUCUGAGACCUUUAUUUCUAAUGCAAGAAAUGUGAGUUGCGUUCUUUUUGAAUGGCUAUAAAUAUAAGUGGGCGCUGUCCUUAAUCUUUAUUCCCAUGGCCAAAAAUCUUCAGAGAUUUGUACUUUUGAAAUGUCAUCCAAAAUGAAUAUAAGCUGGAACUGACAGUCCCAAGAAUAUUAAUGUAGGUCUGUGUUUUUCUUAAAUUAUGAAAUUCGUUUUCAGACAUUUGAAGUAUUGUUGUUUAAGUGCUUCUGUAAAAUUAUGGCCAAGAUUUUGGUAUAAAACUUGUAUUUUAUAAUGUUAAUGUUUUUAUAAUGAUUUUAGAAGUCAUACUGUUAUACAGUAAGACACAAGUAUACAUGUACAUGCAUACAAAGCAAUUAUAAUUCAUGCAUAUUGCAUGUUCUUUUUCUGACAAAUUAUAUUAUCAAAAUUGUUUUUAACCGGUGUUUCAUUUUAACAAUUUUUUGUGAAGUUUUAUUUUAAUUUUAGAGAAUAGUUGAUUCUUUGAGUAUUACUCUCAAGAACUUCAGUUAUUAAUGAUUGAUAGCCGAGCUUUGAGAUUUAAAUAUGAGCUCUAAGCUCGAAAUGAGCUCCAAGUUCUUAACCGAGAGCUCUAAGCUCUUAAACAGAAACGUUUGUUUUCUGUUUUCUUUUCCCUCCAAUUGUUAACGUACUUUAAAUGUUAUGUUACAAUAAAUAGUGCCCUAUCUCGAAAUGUUAAACGAAAUUAUGUUAACAUUUUUCGUUGAUGUAAUUAAGUGUGGAAUUUUAAAAUAAAUAUUUAUCAUAUCUUCUUCUCCCAUCGGAAAUAUUUAUAUUCAAUGUUGCAAUGCAUUUCCACGAGUUAAUUCACAAUCAUUUUUAUUAUUAUUUCCCAAAAUAUGUUACAGUUACGCUAACAUGUGACGUCAUAUGAAUGUAGGUAUUUUAUGUAUAUAAUAAUUAUAAUGCACCUUUUUUAUGCUGUAAUUUGUUACUUUGUUACUACAUGUAUAUGAAAUGGGUGCACUUCUUGUUUAUCAUAAUAUGCAAAUAAAAUUUCAUAUAUCAUUUAUUCCAAUUCUAUUCAUACAUGAACGUUUUCCAUUCCGUCGAUGCAUAUGAUAAUGAUUUUUCAUUAAUAAAUCAUGCGUGUUCAGUUGUUAUAAUUGUAAAUAACUGCAAUAAAGGUUAGUCUGCAAA